AUGAGUAGCAAGAAAAGGGUUAGCAAGAAGAAAGAGGUGUUGCCAGAUCCCAGCAAGAUUUCCGAUGGAAAGUUCAACUAUUACAUUCGUGGCUGGUCUUCCUACACCUCAAUCAAAAACCUCACAAGGAUUAGCCAUGAACUUGUAGAGUCCUGUACGGGUGCUAACCGUGAGGUUGGGCCGAUACCUAAAACGAACGUCUUGAUCCUCCCCACCGACGGAAACGAGAACAGUGGGAAGGAGGACUUGGAGGGGUCGUUGACGGUGGAGCUGGAGCUCGCUGACCAGCUUCGGGUGGAAGGCAUCACAAAAAAGCUGGUAAAAGAAAAGGCGGCUCUGAUUCGAUCCUGGAAGCCAGUGGAUCCCGCGCAAGAACCUCCACCGCCCGAAUCGCAGCCCCCCUCGGAUGAGGUGAAAAACAAAGAGGUGAAAAACGCCAACGAAAGUGACACGGGAAUGAAUCCGGAAAUCCUCGAGAACACAGCACAGGUGCCCGAAGACGUUUCUAACAAUCCCAUCGACGAUGCUAUCAUUAACACACCUCCUCUUCCAGAGAUAGAUGCAGAGCAGAUUUUUGCAGAGCGGCUUUUGGCGGAGCUACAGGAAAUCGAAGUGGAAUAUGGAGCGCAGUUCGGGACCCUUGACAACCUCAUCAUGGGGGAUUUACACAUCAUGGGGGUGGAACCAAGCAUCGUAGUGCAUCCCGACAUCGUGGUCGAAGUAGCCGAAAAGGAAAAUAAGACCAUCAAGAAGUCUUCUAAAAUAAAAAGUAAUGUUGAUAAGGGGAAAAAAAACAAGAAAAAACUAAAUCCUGAGCAGCUCGCUGAGUUGGAGCGGCAAGAAGCGGAGGAACAGGCUCUUCGGGAACGGCAGGUGCAGGAAGCGAUUGAGCGCUCUCGAAGAAAGGAAGAAUAUUUGAAAACUUUCUCUCAUCCUGAUCGUUGGGCACAUAUCACCAUUACUGGUCUGACCUUCACAGGCAAGAUACGUGUUAGUCGUGCUCACGUAACAUUCCAAAAUUGCCGUUUUAUGGGUCAACUCAGCAGGGAGGAUACUGACGAGCCUCAGCUUAGCGUUUACCCUUACAGCGUUGUGCAUUUGACGAAGUGCACCUUUGAAAUGCCUUCAAAUUGCGGCCUGUACGCUUUUCCAUUUUCACAGGUUUCACUUAAAAAAUGUCUCUUCUCCGGCUUGUCUCAACAGGAGUUGGCGUCAGUCGAGUACAAAGAUAGACUCGGCAACACAAAGGAUCUUCAAAACUUAGACAACGUAGAGGCUAGCUCGUCAAAGAGCAAUGAAAAAAUUAAGAACUUUACCGGCAAUCUCAGCAGAGAUAUUGAGACGGCUGAGCAACCCCUGAGCGAAGAGCUUGUAAUAAAAUAUAAUGCUUUGCGUAAAAGCAAUGCUCUCUUAGUCGGCGUGCAGGUAGAUAGUGCUCGAAUUUCCAUAGAAGAUUGUCGCUUUAUUUUUUUAGGGAUUGGUGUUUUAUUUUGUGGCCGAUGCGUGUUUUCCGAGUUUCCCCAGCUUCCCUCCAUCGGGGAUGAGUUUAAGUCACAUGCGGCGAUGACAAUGAAAAAUUCUCAGUUGCAUCACAUGUACGGCACCGCUGUUGUAAUUGCGGCUUUUGAUGUUUUACUCAAAAAUAACAAAAUCCACGAUUGCGAGUACUACGGUGUUGACUGCUACGCUAAGUUUUUUAAUGUGAGUGUGCUACGCAACUAUUUUGGUAUUUACGCUGUCGUGCGAAUCCGAAAAGGCAUGAGAAUUAAGCUGCUGAACAAUACGCUACACGAACCUUUAGUGGAUGAUAACAUCUAUAAUAAUCCGUGUCUCGAUUCGGUUUAUUGA